UCAAGUUCCUUUUCGAAGCGAGAUGAAGUGUUAGGCCGUAUCUAAAGCUGCGCUGCAAAGCCACCGUAAAAAAGCCAAAAUGUCCAAGUUUUUUAUGGCUGGAAGCUCUUCCAGCGAAUCAGAAGAUAGUGAUGUAGAAGAUGUAACUCCAGCACCAAGGGCUACACGCCCUGUAGCUCCAUCAAGGUUUUUGCCUAUGAGUGAUGAUGAGGAUGAUGUAAAAAGAACUGUUCGAAGUUUAAAAGAUAAGAGAUUUGAAGAAAUUCACACCGCUAUAAAACAGAUGAGAAACAGUAUGAAAAUUAAGGAUAUUGCCAAAGUGAUGACAGAAUGGGAAAACAUGUGCAAAGCAUAUAUCAAGGCAAAAACUGUUGUGGAAAAGGAAGGCAUCCCUGCAUUUUAUAUCAAAGCACUCGCUGACUUGGAAGAUUUUAUCCAAAAUCAAUGGGAGGACAAGGAGAGUCGUCAGAAGCUGUCAAAAGUCAAUGCAAAGAGUCUUAGCAGUCUUAGACAGAAAAUGAAGAAAUACAACAGAGACUUUGAAGAGAAAAUCAAAGAUUUUAAAGAGAACCCUGAACAAUAUGAGGAGGAAGAGGCAGAAGAAGAUGAAGAAAAGUCAGGUUCUGAAAGUGAUGAUAGCGAAGAUGAGGCUGAGGAAGUUGAGAAACCAAAAGCAUCCUCUAUGUUAAAACAACCAAAGCAAAAGCAAUUUGAUGAGGGUGAUGAAGAUGAUGAUGACUAUGAUUCAUUCUUUGAAGAUGAGGGUGAUGAAGAUGAAACAUCUUCAGAUGAUGAGUUGCCAGCUGGUGGUACCAGAGCCUUAACUGCAGCAAUGUUUUUAAAAACAGAAAAGAGUGAAGCAAAGGUUUCAAAGAAACAAAAGAAAGAAAAAAUAGAGGCAGAAGAUGUUGAAAAAGCAGAUAGAAAAACUGAAGGAAAACGUAGACUAGGGAAAGAGAUUGCAAUUGCAGACCAUGAAGGCUUUAUAGAAGUCACAAGGGAAAAAUCAAGACAACUUUUCCCCAAAGAUGUUGAGAUUAACCAUCAAGCAGUGCUGAAGAAAUUGCAAGAGAUCCUUGCAGUGCGUGGAAAGAAGAGCACAGACAAACCAGAUCAAGUUGGUUAUUUUAAAGAGCUCAAGAGGAUUUCUGACAAACACAAUCUUGGACCUGGGUUGAACCUGAAGAUCACCUUUAAUAUCAUGGCUGCCUUAUUUGAUUCAGUACCCACCACUGAUACACCGUUGAAACCAGAUAUGUGGAAAAAUGCUCUGGAAGAAAUUCAAAACAUUCUGACUUUGUUAGAAGAAAAUGAAGGCAUUCAAGUUGGGGACAACAUUUCUGAUGAUGCUGAGAAUGUUGAGAACCAAGAGGAGCCACUGAGAGUGCGUGGGUGUCCAUUUACAGUUUUGGAGAGACUGUAUACAGAAUUUUUAAAGAUCCUUCAAAACACAGAUUGUCACUCUACUGAAUAUGUCGACAGGCUGAGAGAUGAAGCUUUGCUUACCAAAAUUAUCCUUCGGAUGCAAAGUUAUUUAGAGAAGACUUCUACCACAGAUUUGAUUUCAAAAAUGUAUUUAUUACGGAUCGAGCAUAUUUAUUAUAAGCUUGAUAUGAAUGCUUUAAAGAAGAUUAGAGAACAAGUGGAGAAGAGCGGGCAAAAUCAAGCUGGACUCCGUGCUGGAAAGGAGGCAUUUCCCGAGAAGCAGGAAGAAAAGCCGAAACCCGAGGUUGAAACUGAACCAGAGGCUACAGGUGAAACCAAGAAGGAAGAUGAAACGACCCAGCCUGAAAAGGAAACCACUGAGAAUGCGGAAGAAAAAAAACAGACAGGGGAAGACAAUGUCAUUCAAGGCGAAAGCAAUUCAGAAAUUAUAGAUAAACUUUGCAAGUACGUAUACACCAACGGAUCAGAUCGAGUGAGAACACGAUCUAUGCUUUGUCAUAUAUACCAUCAUGCUUUGCAUGACAGGCUCUACGAGGCAAGGGAUUUGAUCCUGAUUUCUCAUCUGCAAGAAACCAUCCAGCAUUCAGACAUUCCAACUCAGAUCCUCUACAACCGCACAAUGGUUCAACUUGGGUUAUGUGCCUUCAGACAUGGAAUGAUCCGAGAUGCUCACAAUGCUCUGUUGGACGUACAGUCAACCAACAGGGUGAAGGAACUUCUCGCCCAGGGACUUAUGAAUAACAAAAACUUCGAGAGGUCUCCAGAGCAGGAAAAAAUCGAAAAACGACGACUUGUCCCAUUCCACAUGCACAUUAAUUUGGAACUUCUUGAGUGCGUCUACCUCACCUCGGCAUUGUUAUUAGAAAUUCCGUACAUGGCCGCUCGAGAGUACGAUAGCCGAAGGAGAAUCAUAAGCAAAAGCUUCCGCAACCAACUACGCAACAGUGAUCGCCAACCGUUGGUCGGACCUCCGGAAACAAUGAGAGAGCACAUCGUUGCAGCAGCCAAGGCCAUGAAGAAAGGAGACUGGAAAAAUUGUUCUGGCUAUAUUCUUGCUAUCAAGAGCUGGAAUUUGUUUAGCAAAUCUGAUGAAGUCAAAGAAAUGCUUAAAAAGAAAAUAAAGGAAGAAAGCCUGCGAACUUAUCUGUUCACAUAUAACAAGGUUUAUGAUUCUAUCAGCAUGCAUAGUCUAGCAGAAAUGUUUGAAUUACCCCCAACUAUCGUGCACAGUAUCGUCAGCAAGAUGAUCAUUGGUGAGGAACUGCAGGCAUCUUGGGAUGAACCAACUCAAACGCUUAUCCUACAUCAUGGCGCUGAGCCUACUCUUCUUCAAAGCUUAACUUUGCAACUUGCAGACAAGAUUGGAAAUCUUGCCGAGCAAUAUGAACGUAUAACGGACUUCAAACACGGUGGAUAUUUUGAUAAAGGAAGACAAGGACGAUUCAGGCACGGAAGGCAGUAGCGGAAAAGAGAAAGUCGACAUCGAUUAUUUGCUUCAAAAGGAAAAUUGGAAUCUAGGGAACUCGUUGACAGUUGUUAUUGUCAUUAUCAAUGGAAACCUGCACUUUAAAAAUCGCAUCUAUUUUAGUCAUUAAUAUACAAUGUUUAUUUUUGGCUGAUCAAUAUUAUUCUGUUAGAUUUAGCAACAGUUUACUCAUUGGCGAUUUUUGUCUGUUAAUAUUGUUUCUUCAAGAAAUUUCGAGAUCAGUAUUUUUUAUUACCUUAAAAACCAUUUAUGUUCAAAUCAAGAGCAAAGUCCUCACUGAUGCUGUUUGACUAACACCAAAAACAGCUGAUUGACAACACACUACGUUGUGAAUAAAGUAAACUGUUGUCUAAAUUUAUUUUCUGUAUCUUUAAACUGUUAUUUAUCUUGAUGACUUUAGUGCCAUAGCUCUGGCUAAGAGGAAUAUUAGAGAUCAAUGGUGAAAUUGAA